UUUUAUUUCUUCUUGUCAUUUGACAAAUCUGGGCAAAUCAUGUUUCAUGUUUGUUCGUGGUUUCGUGGUCAACGUUGAAUUGUGUUAAUAAAAUUGUAGAAUUGUUGUUUUACAUCGUUCGUAUUUGUUCCAUAAUUCAGUUGUUCUUUCUCCACAGAAUAUGGCAGAUCAAAACACACCAGCGGGCGAGGGAGGUCCUCCCAAAGGCCUACCAGCGCUGAAAGCUCAUGUUAUAGCAAACAAAGUAGAUGUAGCACUCUGGGGUAUCCGACUUCUCACAGUUUUGUGCACAAUAGGAUACUUAUUGCCUAUAUUUAACAAUCCAGUAUCAGCGUUCUACAAGGCUCUCCUAGCGAAUGCAGCAACAUCAGCUCUGCGUCUACACCAGCGUAUCCCGCCGCGGGAGAUCGCGCUGUCCCGGGAGUUCCUCGCUCGCUUCCUGUUGGAAGACAGCGCGCAUUAUCUCUUCUACUCACUCAUAUUUAUGAAUGUUGUGCCCAAUAUAUUAAUAUUGACGCCGAUCUUCCUGUUCGCGUUGCUCCACGCUGCUUCGUACUCUCUCACCAUACUUGAUACUCUGGGUCAGAACUCAAUGUGGGUGGCUCGGCUGCUGAUCUCUCUGGUGGAGUUCCAGUCGCGGAACAUACUGCGCGCGGCCGCACUCGCUGAGAUUGUGCUGUUUCCUCUAGUUGUGUUUAUGGCACUCUUUAGCUACUGCGGUCUGAUGACACCGUUCGUGUACUACUACUUCCUGACGUGGCGCUACACGUCGCGGCGCAACCCCUACACGCGCAACACGUUCCGCGAGCUGCGCGUGGCGGCCGAGCGCGCCGCCAGCUCCCCCUCCGCGCCCGCCCCCCUCGCCCGCACCCUGCGCAGCGCCGUCUCCCUCGUCUGCAGGAUGGCCCCGCCCGCUGAACACGUCCAAUAAUGCCCGACAACCUUAUACCAAUUAAGUGGUUUCAUUCGGUCACAAUGAUGUCCUUAAGAAUAUGAAGACCAAGAUUCCAUUCUGUCCAAAAAUGCAUUUUUAAUACUUCACUGACCAACAACAUCCAAUGUUCAUUUUUACAAAAUCAAAAAACUAAAUAAUCUUCAAAAAUUUCGUCAACAUUUGUUACAAAACAGCUCGUAUUUUUUUUUCUGUAUUUUUAAGUAAUUACGAAAGUAUUGUUAAUAGGUUAAUUGAUUUUUAUCACUUGUUAAUUAAAAUAAUGUAAUUUUUAUAACUACAGGUUGUAAUUUUUCUUAAUCAGACUGUCAUAUAUCGUAUAAGUCGGUUUGUUCCACUUGGUGUCUUGUUUAACACAGAAUUAUAUACAGUCGAGGACGUUAUUUUCCUACCCAUUUAAGCGUAUUUAACGCAAUUAUAUAGAACACUUCAUAGCAAUUUAUCAAUAAAUUAUAAAUCUCAUAGUGACAGUUUGCUGUAAGAUAUUUGAUUCUAAGUGGUAAAUAAAUUUAAUUAUUUAACUACAUACAAUGUAAUGUGGAAGAUAUUUAACUUGGUUUUUGGGAUUUAUUAUCUGUCGUCUUGGUUAUUACAUCAAUAUUAGCUGCGUGAACUUUGCCCGAGUUGUUCUUACUUGGUACCAAGUGGAACAAACCCUUAUCAUCUGUCAUUGACGCGGCUUCUGUGGGACUAAAUAAAGGUAUUGAU